AGGAAGUAUGCACAAGCAUGACAAAAUGACAGAAGAGUAGCUGGGAAUAUAAGCAAAGCAUCCAGGAAAGCUGUAACUGGGGGAAGCCUUUCCUGGCAUAAGUGUAAAAUCAAUUCUGCAGAAUUAAUAGCAAGGAUGAUGCAUCUGCCAUGCUUGUGAAAACAUGAAAAAUUUAUUAUUUGGAAUAUCAAAUCUGUAUUUCACCUCAUGAAAAGAGCACAUUCUAUGUGAUUUUACAACGGCUACUUCUCAAAAUACAUUUAGAAAAUGCUCCUCUCGUUCAUUGCUGGCUUGUUCGUGCAUUUUGUUUUCUUCACUUCGAUUUUUGACAUCUACUUUACAUCACCAUUGAUACAUGGGAUGACCCCGCAGCGCACACUACUGCAACCACCAGCAAAUCGCUUGGUGCUGUUCGUGGCUGAUGGCUUGAGAGCUGACACUUUUUUUGAGUUGGAUGAAAAUGGCACAUCCAGGGCACCGUACCUCAGAGAUAUAAUCCACACAAGAGGUAGCUGGGGUAUUUCUCACACUCGAGUCCCUACAGAGUCUAGGCCUGGACAUGUGGCUCUUAUAGCUGGCUUUUAUGAAGAUGUCAGUGCCGUUGCAAAAGGUUGGAAGGAGAACCCUGUUCAGUUUGAUUCUGUGUUCAAUGAGAGUGCAUACACAUGGAGUUGGGGAAGUCCAGAUAUCUUACCCAUGUUUGCAAAAGGUGCAAGUGGGGAGCAUGUUUACACACAUUGCUACUUGGCAGAAACUGAGGACUUUGCUGCUAAGGAUGCUACCAAACUGGAUACCUGGGUUUUUAAAAAUGUGAAGGAAUUCUUUAUUUCUGCCCGGGAAAAUCAAACCCUAUUUAAUAAGCUAAAUGGUGAAAAGGUUGUGUUUUUUCUUCACUUGCUUGGUUUAGAUACAAAUGGACAUGCUCACAGACCAGGCUCAAGGGAGUACAAAGAAAAUGUGAGAAAAGUUGACGAAGGAGUCAAAGAAAUCGUGGAAUUGAUUGAAGCUUUUUAUGGAAAUGAUGAUAAAACAGCAUUCAUCUUCACCUCUGACCAUGGAAUGACAGACUGGGGGUCUCAUGGAGCUGGCCACCCAUCUGAAACCUUGACACCACUGGUUGCGUGGGGGGCUGGGGUUCAUUACCCUAGAAGAAUUACAUUGCAGCAUGUAGGAGACACCUUCUCAAAACAGUGGAAACUGGAUGGCUUGGAUAGACUUGAUGUCAAUCAGGCAGAUGUUGCCCCUCUGAUGGCUUCCCUCAUUGGUGUUCCUUACCCUCUGAAUUCUGUGGGAAUUUUGCCUGUGGAAUAUCUUAAUAGCAGCGACCUCUUUAAAGCAGAGAGUAUGCUUACAAAUGCACUUCAGAUAUUGGAACAGUUUAAGGUCAAAAUGACUCAAAAGAAAGAAACCACCCUAUCUAUUCUAUUUUCUCCAUUUGCUUUGCUUUCAGAGUCUGAACAGCUUGACAUUUUGAGGAAAACAAAAUCUUACAUUCAAGGAGGAAAUUACAAAGAAGCGUUGAUUUUGUGCAGAUCUCUUAUCGACCUUGCAUUAGAAGGACUCUCUUACUAUCAUACCUAUGAUAGAUUUUUCCUUGGCAUCAGCGUUGUCAUGGGGUUUACUGGUUGGAUUUUGUAUAUUAUUUUAAUCAUCAUAAAAACACAAACCGAUAUCAUCCAGACUUCGUCAAAUUCUAGAAAGGAAAGUUCUCACCUCUCAAGAUAUGGAUUCACUGCUCUAGGGAGUUUUAUCACCUUCUUUUUGAUGAUCCAGUCGUGUCCUUGGACCUACUAUGUUUAUUGCCUUUUACCCAUUCCAGUUUGGCACGCUAUUUCCAUCGAAGUCUGGAUACUUAACAAGUUUGUAGAUUACAUGCUUUCCAUUUCACUGGCUAGAACUAUGGGUUUUCUCCUUGUUAUCAUCUUGGCAGUUGAAUUAAUGGUCCUUAGUUUUUUCUACCGAGCAGUGCUUACAGUGGGUUUGAUUGCAUUUGCUUGCUGGCCAAUCGGUACAAAAAUGUACACUCAAUCUAAGAUAACAACUUUGGUUUGGGUUGUCUUUUGUUUGCUGCUAGCAGUGUUUCCCUUGAUGCCGGUUGUUGGAAGAGAGCCUAACAUCACUCUGGUCAUCUGUGCCGGAUUUGCUUCUCUUUGUAUUUCCUUGACCUCAAUAUGGUAUCUUCGGAAAAGCAAAGACAGAAAAUUUGGAGACCAGAAUUUGGCUUUGAACAUCUGCCAGGUGCUGAGUCUUGCCGUUUCCACAUAUGUUGUGAGUAGCACCCAUGCCAGCCUAGCCAUCAAACAAGGGGUUCCUCUGAUUAAUCACAUAGUCAGCUGGGCAACAUUAGCAUCUGCCUUGGCUGUGCCGCUGCUUAGUACCACCUUUCUGUUCCAGAGGCUUCUUUGCAUAUUUAUUUCUUUUGUAUCCACAUACCUGUUGCUGAGCACCGGGUAUGAAGCUUUGUUUCCUGUGAUUUUGUCAUGUUUAAUGUUUGUCUGGAUAUUUAUGGAGCAGGAAACACUUGUGAAGAAUGGACUUUCUGGCAGAAGGAAGCUUAACAGUAUUGACUUCUCCUGCAGUACUGAUAUAUCUCAGGUUCGACAGCUGAAUUUGGAUGACAUUCGAAGAUCCUUUUUCUUGGUCUUCUUCAUAAUCACAGCCUUUUUCGGCACCGGAAAUAUAGCAUCUAUUAACAGUUUUGAUCCUGCCUCCGUGUACUGCUUUCUAACUAUAUUUAACCCUUUUGUAAUGGGAGGCCUGAUGAUGUGGAAGGUUCUCAUCCCUUUUAUUUUGGUGAUGUGCGCUUUUGAAACGGUCCAGAUCUCAGCACAGAUUUCCUCUAAAAGUCUGUUUCUCAUCGUUCUUGUGAUAUCAGACAUUAUGUCUCUGCAUUUUUUCUUUCUUGUUCAAGAUUAUGGAAGUUGGCUGGACAUAGGAACAAGCAUCAGUCACUAUGUUAUUGUGAUGUGCAUGACCAUCUUCAUGAUGUUGCUGAGCGGACUCGCUCACUUUCUUACGACAAAGAAAAUUGAAGUGUGGAGAAAAAAGAAACAUCAUUCCACUUGACAAUAUUAAACAAGCCUGGCACUGUCUGUCUCUGAAAGCCAACUAGAACUAAAAUAUAUAGUGUUCUUUUUUCCUAUGUGGAGGAUUGUAAUGCCAUGUGCAUGGUAUGUUUGGGAUAAAAAGGACAGACUCAGACCUGCAUUCAUAAGUUAAUGAAGCUCUGUACCUAUCGGAUAAUGUGUAUAUGUUAACUCAGGGAUCUGUAUUAUGCUCAUUGAAACAUUCUAUAUACUUUAUUGGUGUUAUAAUACAGUGGGCAUUGUAUAUUUUGCAAUUCAUGUAUUUUGAGGAUUAUUGCAUUGCUCCUGUGUAGCACCAUUACCUUAAUGUGAUCAUCAAGAUCAUCUUAAAAAAAGUUCUCAAAUAAAGUACAACAUUGUAAGUGAAAUCCAUUGAAAGACUGAGAUGAAAAAUAAGGGUUCGCUGCUAUGGAUAUCCAAUGUGCACUCUAAAGGUUAUUUUUGUACAGGGUUUU